AUGGCUGAGAGCAAACCAGAAGUCGACUCCGAAUUGGAUAACCUGCUGGAUUCAGCCCUCAACGAAUUCGACGCUCAGAAAGAAACCCUCAACGAAUUCGACGCUCAGAAAGAAAGUGAAUCGCAGAAGGUCGCGCAUGCGAGUGCAGCGGAGUCGUCCGAGGCGGCAGCAUCAGCAGCUGAUCUCACCGACGACCCGGCCGCGUUCGGACUGAACAUCGAUCAGAUGCGGGAAUCUCUCAGUACGUUCAUGAAGGGGAAUCCGAUGCUGAACGCCGAGAAUGCCGGCGAAGAUUCCGGGUUGGCCAAAGCCAUGCAGGAAACGCUGGGGCUCUUCACGAAGUCACUCGACCGAUUCCAAGAGCAAGGCGGUGAAUUCAACCCCGAGGAUUCCUCACGUGACGUCUUCAAGAACAUGAACGUCGAUGGAGCAGAGCCGCUCGGAGACAUGUUAUCCCAUGGACUCGAUGAGGUGCUGACCAAGAGCCUUCUGUAUCCAGGUCUGAAGGACAUCCACGAUAGUUUACCGAAGUGGAUCGACGAGAAUCGCGAGAAACUCUCCGAAGAUGAACUGACGAAAGUCGGAUCGCAGAACGCCCUGGUGAAGCAAAUCAUCGAGGAGUAUGACAGCGAGAAGGACGACGACUCGAAAGAAGUGAAGGCAGACAGACAACGCCGCAUCCUCGAGUUGCUCAGUAAGAUGCAAGCACUCGGAGAUCUUCCGGCGGAACUACUAUGUAAACAGCCGGGGAUGGAAAUUCCCGGGUUCGGAGACGGAACAGAUGCGAUGCCUCCGGAAUGUGCGCAACAAUAACCCCUGUGACCUGAGACUUCCUCAUUUCGUCUAUGGCGAAAAUGCUGAAAGCGGCCGCGUAGCCGAUUAGU